GGGGGGUCGCGUCCGAAAGCCCUCACACCGGUCCGGGUGCUACCUCUCCCUGCUUGGGCGCCGCCGCGCGAGCGCUUCCCUUCCCCCUGCGAGCGCCCGGAUAAUGUCUGAGAAUGUCCAUUUCUGGGACGCUUAGCAGCUAUUAUGUCGACUCGAUCAUAAGUCACGAGAGUGAGGACGCGCCUCCAGCCAAGUUUCCUUCUGGCCAGUACGCGAGCCCGCGGCAGCCGGGCCACGCGGAGCACCUGGAGUUCCCCUCGUGCAGCUUCCAGCCCAAAGCGCCGGUGUUCGGCGCCUCCUGGGCGCCGCUGAGCCCGCACGCGUCCGGGAGCCUGCCGUCCGUCUACCACCCUUACAUCCAGCCCCAGGGCGUCCCGCCGGCCGAGAGCAGGUACCUCCGCACCUGGCUGGAGCCGGCGCCGCGCGGCGAAGCGGCCCCGGGGCAGGGCCAGGCGGCGGUGAAGGCGGAGCCGCUGCUGGGCGCGCCUGGGGAGCUGCUUAAACAGGGCACGCCCGAGUACAGUUUGGAAACUUCGGCGGGCAGGGAGGCCGUGCUGUCUAAUCAAAGACCCGGCUACGGGGACAAUAAAAUUUGCGAAGGAAGCGAGGACAAAGAGAGGCCGGAUCAAACCAACCCCUCCGCCAACUGGCUGCACGCUCGCUCCUCCCGGAAAAAGCGCUGUCCCUACACCAAAUACCAGACGCUGGAGCUAGAGAAGGAGUUUCUGUUCAAUAUGUACCUCACCAGGGACCGUAGGCACGAAGUGGCCAGACUCCUCAAUCUGAGUGAGAGACAAGUCAAAAUCUGGUUUCAGAACCGGCGGAUGAAAAUGAAGAAAAUGAAUAAGGAGCAGGGCAAAGAGUAAAGAUUAAAGAUUACCCCCAGUCCUCCCCAGCUCUUCCCCAUCUCACUCUUAUUUAUGUGACGACUGCAAAGCCAGCGUUGUCUGGGAUGUAUUCAAGUGAAUGGGGAAGGGAGUCUCUCUUCUAAGUCCUUUAUCUGCACCUAGAGCCUCUCUCCUUUCCUUUGCCCUUACCUGUCUCUCUCUUCUCCCUGGGUGUCAGGAGAAAGUUUUGUUGAUUUAGAAGAUAGAAGUAGCUGGUUCCUAAGAAUGUGAUUGGCCACAAGGAAAGAGAGACCCUAGUCAAGCUCCUAGUAUGCCCUGUAAUUUUUCUGGGAAGUCCUAGCCCCUCACUUCCAGCUUGCCUGUUUCUUCUCUACACCCACUCAAAAGUCACCCAGGGACACUCCAACUCCACACAGCUCAGCAGACACCCACACAGUAAUAAUGGGGCAAGCUCACAACCACCCUUCAGUCAAGUGAAAUGACGCUCCAGAUGCAGACCAUCGCACACCAAAUUUGGCAAAACAGCCCUCAGAUCAUCAGGCAAGCCCGGAUUCUAUCCCUGAUGCAAAUACCCACUGGGGAGAUGUCUAGAGGCAGACUCCUGAGUGAGGUGUUGCAGCCCAAAGGCUGCAGCAUUGCCAUACCAUCCCCAUGGAGUUGCCAACUAUUCUCAGGCCAAGGGCCAUGGGGAAGAUGGGGCAAACCUAGCCCCCAAGCUGGUGGGCUAGAAAGUACAAGAAAAGGCAGCACUUGGUUUUAUGAAGGUAUCUUAGGUGGAGCUACUCGCCACCUCCCACCAACAUGUACAUUUUGUUGCAGGAAAUGUUUAAUUCUGCAUGAUGUUUCCCUCUCCUUCCAACAAAAGAAGGUCAAACUGUGGGUCGUAGAGCCUUGACAAUGUUGUCCUCCUGUUCAUCUGUGCACCACUUGACAGACUGUAGCUUCUCUUACUCUCCACCGGCCCUGCAUUCUUCCGCAUCCUCCCUAGCUCUGAAAUCAACUCUCGAAUCCACCUUGCACCCGCGAGUAAAGCCGCCCCUUGUAGAAAACCCCCUCCACCCUCCAUUCCCCGCUAGGUCAAACCCCACUGUAGACAGGAAAGCCAGGCCAGGAGAGUCCGAACGAAAAUUUAUUGUGAAUCGAUUCCCAAGCUCCCUUCCGGGACAAGUGGUCUGGGACAGGGAGGAGCAAUGGCCCCAGCGCUCAAAGCUCUAGCGUUCCUCCGAAUCCCGUCGGCUUCCCAACCCACGCGGAGGAGCCCCGGGCCUGGCGGCUGCAGCCCCAGCGCUAAAGGAGACCGGCCUCAGGGCCGGGCUUUGCCUCCUGCUUCAUGGGCCUGGAUGCCGAUCUGCGCGGCUGGUGCGUGCGCGCGCUUCUGGGGAACAGUCCCGCGUGCAAAGGAAAGAGGCAAAAUCGCACCUAAGCAUCAGAUGGAAGCUUACUCUCUGCUUCCCCUCCUCCCCCUGCUCCCCUACUUCUCAAUCCCCUUCAAUUCGUAGACUCUUGCUCCUGCUUCUCCUGAUCCUGCAAGGGGACAUUCCAGUAGAAGUUUUUUGCUUUGUCGGUGGCUGUUGUGAAAUUGUGCUUGUGUUUCGUGAUUUCUUUGGGGGUGAUUGUCUCGCCUGUUUUCAGUUGUCGAUUAUAUGGGAGGGUUCUGGGUGGGAGUGGGGAGGGGUAGGAGCCUAGAGCUCUAAUUGUUUGUUUUGGAAGAAAAAAAGAAAAAGAACAAAAAAUAUAUAUCACUAUAGAAAAUAAA